AGGAGAGUGGAGGAGAAGAGGGAGAUGCAGAGGAAGGGAGGAGGGAUGGGAAAGGGGCGGAUGAGAGGAAAAAACAGAGGAGGAGGGGGCCCGUUCCUCACCACAAGAAAUCUCUGUGUGUGGUUUAAAUGCGAGCCGGACUCUCUUUUUGCAGGCUGUUUGUGUUUGAGUGUGGGCAGAACAUACAGCAGCAUGGUCAGCCGAGUGGAGCAUCCUGCCGGAGGCUACAAGAAGAUCUUUGAGACAGUGGAGGAGCUGAAUGAACCCAUACCUGCAAAGAUCACGGGUGUUAUGCCAUCAUGGCUGGGUGGCAGUCUCCUCAGGAUGGGUCCUGGUCUUUUCGAGGUCGGAGACGAACCUUUCCACCACCUGUUUGAUGGACAGGCUCUCAUACACAAGUUUGACCUAAAGGGUGGUCAGGUGACCUACUGCAGGAAGUUUAUCAGGACCGACGCGUAUGUUCGUGCCAUGACGGAGAACAGAGUGGUCAUCACUGAGUUCGGCACAGCAGCCUACCCAGACCCCUGCAAAAACAUCUUCUCCAGAUUCUUUACUUACUUCAGAGGCAUUGAGGUGACUGAUAACUGCCUGGUGAACGUCUAUCCGAUCGGUGAAGACUUCUACGCCGUCACAGAGACUAAUUACAUCACUAAGGUUGAUCCUGAUUCGCUGGAGACUUUAAAGAAGGUGGACCUGUGUAAGUACCUGUCAGUGAACGGGGUGACUGCCCACCCCCACACUGACGCAGAUGGUACAGUCUAUAACAUCGGUAACUGCUUUGGCAAAAACAUGAGUCUGGCUUAUAAUAUUGUGAAAAUCCCCCCUGCUCAGAAAGAAAAGUCUGAUCAUCUUGAGAAAUCACAGGUCGUGGUUCAACUACCCAGCAGUGAGAGGUUAAAACCCUCCUACAUUCACAGUUUCGGUAUGACAGAGAACUAUUUUGUGUUUGUGGAGCAGCCAGUGAAGAUCAACCUGCUCAAGUUCCUGUCGGCGUGGGGUGUCAGAGGAGCCACGUACAUGGACUGCUUUGAGUCCAACGACAGCAUGGGGACAUGGUUCCACCUGGCCACUAGGGACCCCGCAGGGUAUUUGAGCAGCCACAAGUUCAGAACGUCAGCUUUCAACAUCUUUCACCACAUUAACUCCUAUGAGGACGAGGGAUUCAUCGUCGUCGACGUCUGCACAUGGAAAGGUCACGACUUUGUGUAUAACUACCUGUACCUGGCCAACUUGAAGGAGGAGUGGGAGGAAGUGAAGAAAGCAGCGAUGCGAGCUCCACAGCCUGAAGUCAGACGAUACGUGCUGCCGCUGGAUAUACACAGGGAAGAGCAGGGAAAGAAUCUGGUCUCUCUGUCCUACACUACAGCUACUGCUGUUCUUCACAGUGAUGGUAUCAUCUGGCUGGAACCUGAAGUCCUCUUUUCUGGACCAAGACAGGCCUUUGAGUUUCCACAGAUUAACUACUCACGGUGUUGUGGGAAGAAGUAUUCCUUUGCCUACGGCCUGGGACUCAACCACUUCAUCCCUGACAGGAUUGUGAAGCUGAAUGUACAGACCAAAGAGACGUGGGUGUGGCAGGAGGAAGAGUGUUACCCGUCAGAACCAGUGUUUGUACCAACACCUGGAGCUGCAGAGGAGGAUGAUGGUGUGCUGCUGAGCAUCGUGGUGAAGCCGGGUGCAGAGAGACCAGGCUUCCUGCUGGUGCUGGAUGCUCUGAAACUGACAGAGCUGGCCCGGGCGGAGGUCAACACCAUCAUCCCCGUGACCCUCCACGGCAUGUAUAAACCAUGACCCCACCCUGACACCAUAAAACACACCGUGUCCACUCUCCUGCCGAUCAGCAUCAGAAAUGUUUUUUACUGGUGGUGGUACAGUUAGAAUGUCUGUGAUCCAGAUGUGAACCCAUCAUGCCCAUAACCACCUCAAACUCACUUUACUCAGAGAAAUUCACAGUGAGCUGCAUGAAAAUUAAAACUCAACGAGGGAGGCAAAAGCAUAAAAUAUUUACAACUGACUCAUUUCUUAUUAAUUCCAGAUUAUGUCCAUUCUUACUGUGCAGUGAUGGUUAGUCAACAGUGCAUCAGCAGUUGAUGCAAUUCUUUGAUAAAGCUGAAGCAUCAUUUUUCUUUUCCUUGUACUUUUGUUAUGUGGCUAACAUGCUGAGCGGCGUCUGUAAUGUAAUCUGACUGUAAUGUAAAAAUGCUAAUGCCAUCUUCUUACACAGCUAGAAGUGCAUGUGUAUGGAGAAACGACCUGCAGCAUGAGUUUAUAGUCUGUUUAUUUUGCCUUUGUUAAAACAUUCAUAUUGGCUGCAUUUAAAAUGAUUUCACCAUUAAAAUAGCACCUGUAGAUUUGUGAAAUCAUCCUUGUAAAGCAAAAAAUUACCAUUAAAUACAAAAAUACUAUUUUUGCAAAAGAUAUUUACAUUUUUUUCUUCUUUUAUACAAAUAAACUUACAUUACAAGGAACAUUUGACACUUUGUAAUUAUAUUACUAGCUACAGAUUAGGCAUUUACUGUGAAUUUCUGUAAAAUAAAGGCUACACACUCA